UCUAUUCACUUCACUCUGAUCUUUUCCUUUGACAUUAAUAUUACUACUUCACAAGCAAAACACAGAUAUGUAAAAGCUUUUUCUAAAUGCGAUCUUCCCGCUCUGUACAAUGCUUUAGAUAACAUACAAGAGACCUUCUUUCUUGCGACUGAUCCAUCCGAGGUGGUUGCCAUAUGGCAGUCUCAUUUUGACGGAUGCUUAGGCGAACAUGUUCCGCAGAAGCGAGUUAGUUUAACCAAAAAGCCGAAUGUAGAACUUUCUAAGAUGACUCAUAAACAAAUGGCGAAAAGAAAUCGAGCUUUUAAUCGUUGGAAGAUACAUAAAACAGCUGUAAACUAUUCUCUCUACAGGAGGAUAUCGUGGUAAUGGAGGUCAUCCUGGAUUAGUAAAACUUGUUGCGUUAGAUGAUAUUUCAGAGGAGAUUUCAUAUAAAAGUUCACCAGGAAAAUCAGGAAGUGGUGAUGGUCAGUCAGGACAGCCAGGUAAAGCUGGCAAACAUGAUACUUUUCAAGUAACUUCACAAUUUUUUGACACAUAUUGUAAUCCACAAAAAUCAACGCCUUAUCAACCUUGGUUAGCAGCAAAUUUAAAUGAAUUCUUAGGAAAAAUGGCUCGAUUAGAAGGUUUACCUCCGUAUGAAGUCCAUACACUUCCUGAUAUUGAACAUAAUGCUAAACAAAUUUUAAUUUUAAAAGAAAAAUUUGCUGAAGCGAUUUAG